UGUGUGUUACAGAGUGAGCUCUCGUCCCUGCGGUUCUGCGCUUUGUAACCGGCGGCGGGUGGGGGAGGGGGUUUAACGUCCUGCUCUUCAUCCUCCUCAUCCUCCUGAUGGACUUCCUGCUGAGCGGGCUGGCCGCGUGCGGCGCGUGCCUGUUCACGAACCCGCUGGAGGUGGUGAAGACCCGGAUGCAGCUGCAGGGUGAGAUGCGGAGCCGCGGCUCGUACCGCGUGCACUACCGCAACGUCUUCCACGCGUUCUACACCAUCGGGCGCGUGGAGGGCGCGCGCGCGCUGCAGAAGGGGCUGGUCCCCGGGCUGUUCUACCAGUUCUUCAUGAACGGGGUGAGACUCGGCUCGUACGCCGCCAUCGAGUCGGCCGGGUACAUCCACACCGACGGGCGCGUGAACACGGGCAGGAGCAGCGCGGCCGGGGCGGCGUCGGGGGUCGUGGCGGCCUUCGUGGGCAGCCCCAUCUACCUGGUAAAGACACACCUGCAGAGUCAGUCCAUGUCCUCCAUAGCUGUGGGACACCAGUACAAGCACCAGGGGAUGAUGCACGCUCUGUCUGUGAUCCACAGAGAGCACGGCAUUAUGGGAUUGUGGCGAGGUUCCAGUGCGGCGCUGCCGAGGGUCAGCGUGGGUUCUGCGUCUCAGCUCUCCACCUUCUCCAUCACUAAAGAAAUCCUCACUGAUCAACAGAUAUUCUCAGCGCACAGCUGGAUGGUUCCUCUCUGCUCCGGGAUGGUCAGCAGCGUGGUGGUGGUUCUGUUCAUGACUCCACUUGAUGUCGUCAGCACACGACUCUACAAUCAGCCCGUGGAUUUCCGGGGAAAGGGUGAGCUGUACCGAGGCUUCAUGGAUUGUUUCUCUAAGACCCUGAAGAAAGAGGGAGUCGCUGGUCUGUAUAAAGGUCUGGGCGCGUCCUAUUUCAGACUCGGACCACACACGAUCCUCUCGCUGCUGUUCUGGGACAAACUACGAGCACUGUACUACAGCUAACACACACACACACACACACACACACAGAUAGAAAGGAAUGGCCUGUGUGUAAAGUAUGAAAUCGUGUAGAAGUCACAGUAAUGAUGAGAAAAUGACUGGAGCUGAUUAUCUCAGGUGUGGAGAUUCAGUGUGAUGAAAAAAAGAAGGAAAUUUAAGGAUACAGAAGGAUACCUUUCUACCUACAGAAGAUGUAAUAAAUUAGGUGGCCCCGUGAGUGUUCCUUUUAUUUUAGCCAGAUAUAUGUUAAUGUACACGUUAAUCAGGGCGUCAUGGUCCCGAUCAGUGAUGAGAAAACGUCUCUCUGUGUCCCUCACACUAACAAACUCCACAUACAGUUAAAAUCCAAAUAUUUACACACUCAUAAGGAAACAUCUCUCUGUAACAUUGAGGUUUCAAACACAGGUCUUAAAACGAAUCGGUCCGAUCUCAGAGAUCAGACAGAUUUACAGCAUCUGCACAUCUAUGAUGUAAUGCUAAAUAAGAUGUAAUUAAAUCACCCCCACAGGCACUUACAGCAUUACUGUAUAGACUAUAUUCACUUUACACAUAAAAUUAAAGUAAGAUAAAAAACAAACAAACAAAA